ACCAAACCCUCCACUCUCUCAACUCAAUCCCUCCUCCGCCACUCCGCCGCCGUCUCCAAUGCUGUCCCCGCCAUUCACCUGCCGUUGAACGCCACCGCAGCAUCAAACACUCCAGAUGCCUCUCUCUCACUCUUCUCCGCCGCACCCCUCCUCCUCCGCUUCUGCUAGCAGCAACAGCACCUUGCACUGUGGUGAUGUGGUCUCCUGUGAUCCUGACACGUGUGCGCACGAUCACCCUCUACGCAAUUCUCAACCGUCCGAUGUGGGUACCGUCGCUAGACUCAUUGACUCGGAGGUCCACCACAUGCCUCCCCCGGAUUAUCUCCGCCGCUGCCGUGACCGCGCCAUAGAUGUCACCGCUCGUCAAGACUCCAUAAACUGGAUCCUCAAGGUGCAUGCAUACUAUGAUUUCCGCCCAGUAACGGCGUUACUUUCCGUCAACUAUUUCGACCGUUUCCUCUCCUCCCAUUCUCUCCCGCUACCAAAUGGGUGGCCGUUUCAGCUGCUAUCGGUGGCGUGCUUGUCGCUGGCGGCGAAAAUGGAAGAAACCGAAGUCCCAUUGCUUUUGGACCUCCAAUUGUUCGAACCCAGAUUUGUAUUCGAACCCGGAACCAUCCAGCGAAUGGAGCUCCGAGUCAUGGCCGCCCUCAAUUGGAGACUUCGCUCAAUCACUCCCUUCGAUUAUCUCCACAACUUCAUCUCCAUGCUCCCCUCUUCUUCUUCCCAAAUGCCCGAUCCCUCUUCUCGGGUCCUCUCCGCUUCUUCAGAUCUCAUCAUCGGCACUACCCGUGUGAUUGAUUUCCUAGGCUUUACGCCAUCUACAAUAGCGGCAGCUGCUGUUCUCUCCGCCGCCGGUUUGAAUUCCAGAAUCCAGGAUGCUCCUGAUUCAUUCUUGCACCAGUACCAGAGUAUAAACAGAAAUAUGGUGAGAAGCUGUCACCAACUAAUGGAGGAGUAUUUGGUUGACACGUGUCCAUCGGCUUCGCUCAAGAAUCUAAGAGUCGAGCCGCAGCGUGAGCCGUCCAGCCCAGUUGGCGUGCUCGACGCGGCUGCUUGCGGGAGCUGCGAUACGAGGUCCGAGAAUCCCGGCUCAACAAGCCAAGCUCAGCCGCCAGCCAAACGGCCUCGAUCAUCUGAUCCAGAUGUACAGCAAUAGUAGAUAAGAGCACCGCCAUCUUAAGGGCUCCUCUCCUUUUUGUUUAUUUCUCUAUCGUUGAUUAAAAAAUGCAUAUGGCCGGGAUUAAUUUGGUUAAUACCGAAACAUAAAAGGGAAGAGGGAAUUUUGUUAUUAUUAUUUUUAUUUAUCUUUUGAAAGACCAUAUUAAUAAUUUUUCUUUUAUUUU